UCUUUUCUUUGUCGUUGCGAUUCUCAGGUUGCGUUGCGAUCAUUUUUGUGUGACCAUUUUGCGUGAGCAAGCACGUUUCGUAAAUCGUUAUUUUCUGUGAAAUUCUUCGAGUAAAAAUUAGUUAAAUACCGUUUAAGUUUAUUCUGCCGUGACCGUGAUAAAGAAUUAUCAAAAAUGAGUGCCAAACUAACGCAAGCAAUCAAUAUUUCACUGGACGAUUACAUCGCAAAGAAGGGAAUAGUCUCGAGCCUGCGAACGAAAUCUGUCCAGGCUUCCGAGGCCAACUACUUCAAGCGGCCGAUGCGAUCGGAAAUUGACGAAGAGGAAUGCGAUGAUCUUCUGAUUUUCGAAGAUCGGAACGGAAUGGAGGUGGAAGAGGCGGAGAACGAGGACGAUAUGCCUCCAUUGGUCCGUAAUGUGGAUGUCACAGAAUCGACGACGGAGCAGAUCAAGAAAGAAGCGGAAGAUUGCGGGGAAAACCGGCCGUCGAAUGUUUCCAUCCAGCUGGACAAUGAUCGCGAGUGCCGGACAUUCGUCACGGAGGAAAGGAAACGAGGCAUUAAGAACAUGCCUUCGCAGCAGUGGCGUUUGCGACGGGAGAACCAGGUCUCGAAGAAACCGGCCGGCGUUCCUCCGCUGACGUCGAUCAAGGCCGUUUUCGACAGGAACACCGACCGGUUGAUUGCCUCGCUGGGCGAGAAUGCCAAGUUCCAUAACGAUGAUGCCCGGGAUCGGAUUAAUCAACGCCUGCACCAGAAUAAUGGUGGGGGUGGUCGUCAAAGGAAUCAAAACCGUAAUGGGAAGAAUUUCCACCAGAACCGGAAUCAGGGUUUUCAGAAUCGGAAUUUUCGGAACAACAACAACCGUAAUCAAUACGGCAAGAACCCGAACAUGGUCCCAAGUUUCAAUCCAAACGUCGAUCGUUUGGAACAGCGCAACUGCACACAAAUGGACAAGAGCCAGAUCCGAGACUUGCGCCCGUUCAUAACACCACCAUCGUCGCUGCAAGCCCAAGCCAGCGUCGGUUCCAUGGUUCCGACUGGUGGCGCUUGGAAUCAGCCAGGUCAGAUGGGUCAACCGCAGUUGGUCACAUUUGCCGAUAUGCUGAACCAAAUCGGCCGUGCUGCGGACAACCAGAACCGGGAAAUGUUCGCCGACGUGAUCCGUAACGUGAUGCGGAACCAGCAACAGCAGCAGCAACCUCCGGCGGCGAUGGUCCCAAUGAUGACCCCGGACACAGUAUCCCUGAUGAAUCCCACCGAAUUGAUGCCGUACGCCGCACAAACGCUGCUGAAUCACAUCACAACCGUUCAGCAAAAUUUUGGACCGAAGUACGAUAUGAAGCUGCAGAAGGAGAUUCACGCGCUCCAGGGCAAAUCACUGCUCUAUCGAGCCAAUGGGGUGGUCAGUAUGGAUGGGCCCGGCGUAGGGAACGACCGGGUCAAGCCGACCACCACCGAUUUGAGCAUGAAUAUGCGAUUCAGUUAGGGCAUAACAAUUAUUGAUUCUAGAUCAAUGGAUCUAAUUCUUCAUAACGAUUUACGUAUAUUACCCUAUGUGAAAUAGUAAAGUGGAAGUUUUCAUUUAACGCAAAAUCUUAUGGCUUGGCACAACAGCUUUGUAGACUAUUGAUAAUACAAAUAAAAAUUUCUUUUAUAAAUCUA